UUUGCAUUUCAAAUAUGCAGCCUUUCAUUUGUAUUUUGAACGAUACAAUUGAUAGGUGAAAUUUUCUGCACUUAGCUUAAUCUAAGGGCUUUUAUAUAACGCCGAAGAAAAGCUAAAAUGAGCGCCCAAGUAUUAUAUACUAAGGGCGCUCGAGUUUGGCUUCCUGAUGAGACAAACGUCUGGGUUUCAGGGGAAGUUUGUCAUGAUCUUGAAAGCAGUUUGCUAAGCAUUCAAACAGUUGAUGGAGAGGUCAUAGCCUAUGAUGUUGAGAAAAAUGGUUUACCUCCAUUAAGAAAUCCUGAAGUCUUGGUUGGCGAAAAUGACUUGACAACACUUAGCUAUCUUCACGAACCAGCUGUUUUGCACAACUUAAAAAUGAGAUUUCAAGAAUACAACACAAUCUAUACCUAUUGUGGUAUAGUUCUUGUAGCUAUCAAUCCUUAUGAAGAGAUCCCUCUCUAUGGUUUCGAUAUAAUCUCUGCAUACAACGGUGCUGCAAUGGAGGAAAUGGAUCCUCACAUUUUUGCUGUUGCUGAAGAUGCAUUCAGGACUAUGAGCAGAGAAGAACAAAAUCAAUCUAUAAUUGUAAGUGGAGAAAGUGGAGCUGGUAAGACUGUGAGUGCAAAGUAUGCCAUGAGAUAUUUUGCUGCUGUUGGAGGCUCUGAAUCUGAAACACAUAUUGAGAAAAAAGUACUUGCUUCAAAUCCUGUUAUGGAGGCAUUUGGUAAUGCAAAGACAAUACGUAAUAACAAUAGCAGUAGAUUUGGGAAGUAUCUUGAGAUUAACUUCAACCAAAAUCAUCAUAUCAUUGGAGCACAUAUUCGGACUUAUCUCUUGGAAAAAUCACGUGUGGUGUUCCAAGCCUCUGAUGAAAGAAAUUAUCACAUCUUUUAUCAACUGUGUGCCCAUUCGGAGGAACCAAAAUUCACUAAUCUACGACUGGGCCACCCAGAUGAUUUUCUCUACCUGAACCAAGGUGGGAAUCCUUGUAUAAAUGGUGUUGAUGAUUCCGAACUGUUUGAAGAAACAUGUGAAGCUUUUGACCUGCUGGGAGUACAUCAGGAUGAACAGGCAAAAAUAUUUCAAGUUCUUGCUGCUAUCUUGCAUUUGGGGAACAUAAACAUUGAAGAAGAUGAUGGACGUGAAGGCACUUGUAUAGAUAAUGAUGACUUCCACUUAGCUAUAGCUGCUUUUCUCCUUGGAAUUGAUCGAGCUCAGUUCCAGAAAUGGCUUUGCUUUAGGAAAAUUGUUGCACAUAGAGAAAUUGUGAUCGGAAAUCUCAACCUGCAACAAGCAACUGUUGCAAAAGAAGCUCUAUCCAAGCACAUAUAUGCUCAAAUAUUCAACUUCAUUGUUGCAAGUAUUAACAAAGCUUUGAUGCCUUUGGAUCAGAAAAAAGUUCACUCAUUUAUUGGAGUAUUGGAUAUAUAUGGUUUUGAAACAUUUGAGGUGAACAGUUUCGAACAAUUUUGUAUUAAUUACGCGAACGAAAAACUUCAACAACAAUUCACAAUGCAUGUGUUUAAAUUGGAACAAGAGGAAUAUGUAAGAGAAGAAAUUGACUGGUCAUUUAUCAGGUAUUACGACAAUCAACCAUGCAUUGAUCUCAUUGAAGGAAAACUCGGCAUCUUAGACCUUCUUGAUGAGGAGUGCAAGUUGACAAAAGGCUCGGAUGCAAACUGGACUCGUAAGCUUUACCAAGAACAUAUAAAGAAGAAACCUAACGUUCAUUUUGAGAAGCCACGCAUGUCAGAAAUGGCGUUUUUAGUUGUGCACUUUGCUGAUACUGUGACGUAUGAUAGCGAGGGUUUCUUGGAGAAGAACAGAGACAACGUGAAUGAAGAACAUAUUUUACUGUUGAAAGCAAGCGAGCACAGUUUUGUUGGAGAAUUAUUUACAGAACAAAAAACAACCGUUCCAGCACAACGGAAGCGCGCGAAUUUAAAAGCAACUAAAACAGCAUCGGCUGCAAAGAAGACUGUCGGCUCACAGUUUCGUGACUCGCUUACCAAAUUGAUGGAGACACUCAAUUCUACCACACCUCAUUACGUUCGUUGCAUUAAACCAAAUGACGAAAAGAAGGCUUUCACUUUUGAACCAAAGCGAGCAAUGCAACAAUUAAGAGCGUGUGGUGUUCUAGAGACGAUUAAAAUCAGUGCUGCUGGUUAUCCCUCAAGAUGGUCGUAUGUGGAUUUCUUUUAUCGAUAUCGAAUGUUAGUAAAGUGGAGCAGGAUUAAAAAGAAUGACCUCAGAUUGAGCUGUGAAGACAUUUUAAAUACUUUGUUAAAUGAUCCAGACAAGUAUCAGUUCGGUAAAACUAAAAUAUUCUUCAGAGCUGGUCAGGUGGCAUACCUGGAGAAACUUCGAGGAGACAAGAUGUAUGAGAGUUGUGUUAUGAUUCAGAAGACGGUGCGGUGUUGGCAAGUUAGAAAGAAAUAUGUGAAGAUGAGAAAUGCUGCUAUUGUACUACAGGCCUGGGCACGAGGUCAUCAAGCACGAAGACUUGCUCAUCAUCUUCGUCGCACAAAGGCAGCUAUCACUUUACAAACAGCUUGGCGAUGUCACAAAGCCCGAAGUCGUUACCAGCGCGUGCGGUAUGCUACACUGGUCAUUCAGUCCCAGUACCGUGGCAGACAGGCGCGGUUGUUGAAGAAACGAUUACUUUACGAAGCCAAAGCGAUCGUGCUUCAGCGAGCUGUUCGGGUCUUCCUCGCUCGUCGUACAUUCAUCGCCAAACGUAAAAAGAUUAUAUUGAUACAGUGUUGCAUAAGAAGACUAAUUGCGCAGAGGGAGCUCAAGAAACUUAAGAUUGAAGCAAGAUCUGUGGAACAUUACAAAAAUCUCAACCGUGGAAUGGAAAAUAAGAUUAUUUCCUUACAACAGAAGCUUACUAGCGAAAUCCGUAAGAACGAAGAACUGAAUUCUAAACUACAGGAGAUUGGUGACCUCAGGCUUGAGCUAGACGCCGCUAAGAUGUGGAAGAUGGAUUAUCAGACAGCAACUGCUACGAUUGUUGAAUACGAGAAAGUUAUAAGUGAAUUGAAACAACAACUGGCUAAGAUGUCAGCUGAAAAAGAUGAAAUUCUGCAGAAGGCAAAUGAAGAGAAAGAUGAAAUUGAAGAGGCGAGUGAAGUCUUACGUUGGGAAAUUGUCAAGUUGAAGGACGACUUGAAAAAUUUGGAGGAUAAAAAAGAAAAGAGUGCCAAGGAUAAAGAAGAUGAAAUGCGAGCGCAGUUUGAUGCUGAAAAAAGUCAACUCAUGGCCGAGAUUGAAGCUGAGAGAUCGCAUCAUCAACGUAUUUUGAAAGAUUACAAUAGAUUACAACAAAGAUAUGAAAAUCUUCAGGAUGAAGUGGAAAUUUUACAAAGUCCAACUGUGAGUCCUAACAAAGAUCCCAUGAAAGAAAAUGAUGAGAACGUCUCGAGCACAAAAUCACCAAAGAUGAAACAAGAAGAUGCUCUUAUUUCUGAACUUAAACAACGCAUUAGAGAACUGGAGAUGAACUCCAGGUCAACCAAUGAAAUUCCAACAAUAGAACUGCCACGCAAUAAUCAAGAAAAUGAUCUGGAAACGAAAAAUAGCCCGAAAAAAGUCGUUCAUUCACCGGAUAUCAAGUCUUUAACAAAAGAAAAUAAUAAACUUAACACCGAGUUGAAUAUUUUCCGUGAAAUAGUGAACAGACGUGACUCGGUGUCAGAAAAAGACAUGAGCGAUUCAAUAAUCGCAAUAAAAGAUGAUAAUAUCACUAAACUUACUAAAGAGAGAGACGAUUAUAAACAGGAAUAUCAGAAAUUUCGCUCAGAGCUUAUUCGUUUUGCUUCCGUGACGAAGGAUUUGACCGACGUGGAGAUAAGAUGAAACGUAUCUCCUGAUAUAAGCGCCUAUAUCCUUCAAAGCCAGUGUUUUUUUGAACAAGCAAACGAGGUUCUACAACGAGAAUUGCAGGAUUUGUUAGCUAAAGAAACUGAUAUGCAAACGGCGCAUGAAAACUUAUGGAAUGAACUCGCAAAGCUGAAAUUAGAGAAAAUUCACGGAGAAAAUCAUUCAAUCACUGCUGAUGUACAAUCAGAAAUAUCCAGAUUGGUUGAGGAAAAUUUGGACUUGAAAGAACAAAUAGAGAAGCUCGAAGAACGAAUGAAAAAUCAGCAACAAAACACGUUAGCUAAAAGCGAACAUGAGAAUUUCCGUAAGAGAGCAACCUCGUGGAAUAAAGCGGAGGCCGAGUUGAGAAGAAGAACAAGCUCCGGUCAUAGAAGUUCCCUGGACCCUAUCGCCGGUAGAGUGAUGAUGAACUUUGCUGGUUUAUUGCGAAAGAAUCCAAAAGAUUCGGGUGAAGCAACAGUUCCUGAGGAAGGCAAGAAACGAGGAAUGAUCGAGUUUGCCAUAUCCGAUGUUGAUUUGAUCGUAAAACAACUCAUUCAUGACUUGUCACCUGGUCACGUGUCAGACCAGAUUCCAGGACUUCCCGCACACCUUCUCUUCAUGUGCGUACGUUACUGUGAUCACGUGAACGAUGAUGAAAAGUUGCAGACCUUGCUGACGUCAGCUAUUAGUGCUAUCGGUGUUGUCACCAAGAAAUCUCCGAAUGAUUUGGAUGUUUUGGUUUUCUGGCUGUCGAAUACUUGUCGUUUAUUACAUGAUUUGAAGCAAUACAGUGGGGACAAGGCAUUUCAAACACACAACACACCAGAACAGAAUGAACAUUGUUUGAAGAAUUUUGAUCUCACAGAAUAUCGGCAGUUGCUGGAUGAUCUUGCCGUUCAUAUUUAUAAUGAUAUCUUGACUGCAAUUAGAGAGUCUAUCCAAGGAUAUAUUGUUCCUGGUCUACUGGAGUUUGAGUCGAUUCCUGCAGUGUCUAGUUCCAAACCGUUUGGCAGAACGAACAUGCGACAGAGAACUCGAAGCAAGAAUGAAGACAUUACCGUGAAGACGAUCACAAAAUAUGUAAGUUUCACAUGCAUCAUUGCUAAACUAAACACGAGUAUUUCUGAUAUUAUGUUUCUUCUUCGUCUUCAGUUAUCUUAUGUGUUGGCAAUUUUGAAUACACAUUGUGUUGAUCCAGACAUCAUAAAGCAAGUAUUUAGACAAAUCUUUCAUUUUAUUGGUGCCUCAAUGUUAAACAACAUUCUCCUUCGGAAAGAUAUGUGUCAUUGGUCCAGGGGCAUGCAGAUCAGGUUUAAUUUGAGUGUAUUAGAAGAUUGGGUGAGAAUUAACCAACUCGACAGCGGUAAUAUACUAGAAGGACUAAAGUGUAUUAUCCAAGCUACACAAUUACUUCAAGUAAGCAAGAGUACGUUGGACGAUGUGGACGCAAUUUGUGAAGUUUGCAGUUCUCUAAACACGUUGCAGGUCCAGAAGAUAUUGAGUAUGUACACGCCAUCAAACGAUCGUGAAGCGAGAGUUCCUGCUGCGGUGAUACGUGCAGUGGUACAGAGGGCUCACAAUGAAACUGAUCCAAUGUAUUUAAUGGUUGAUGCGAACAAGACGUAUUCUGUGUCAUUUACCUUUACUGCAUCUGCGGUGUCUCUAGAAAAUGUAGCUAUCCCCGACACUAUAAAUAGCAAUUCUUUGAAAGUGAUCUAAUGAAUGAUGCUUUUGUUCAGGGGUUUCUGCUAUAAAUGUAGGGUUUUUUUAAAUAUCAGAUAUCUGAUGAUCGAUUUCAGAAGCUGACAGUUUUGGAACGAGAAUAAGGUUGCUGUAUGAAGCACUGAAGCACUCAUCUCAUCAGCAGCAUGACAGUUUGCAAUAGGUCGGGGUAUAAUAGCUGUGGUUUAGCCUUACCCUAGCUAGCCUAGAUCUAAACUACAGUUGUCCCAACUUACCAGUAGCUAAACCACAGUCGUACCAUCAACAUAUUGCAACUUAUGGAGGUGACAGAGGUGAGGUCUUUGGUGUGAAAGAGGCAGCAUAUCUGUAGUCAGUUCAAUUUCAUUUAUAAAUAUAAAUUAAACAAAUAUGACAUCGAACUGACAUUAGAUUAUCAUCAUCGUUAUUUUUUGUACAGAAUUUGAUAGGAAAUUUGUAAAGUAACUUAAUUAUCGAUUUGAUAUUAAUUAGAAUAAUGAUUAUUUAUAGAAGAGUAAUUUAUAAAUUAAUUAGAGAAUACAA